AUUUAACUGAAGAAUUGGAAAAAAAUUUUGAAUAUUCGAUGUUGUAUCAAAUACUUAAUAUGAAGUUGAAAAAUCCUGAUCUCUACGAUGAAUUUACAGAAGAAAAUUAUUACUGGUAUCUGUUGCAGGUGGAAAAAUUAUAUGAAGGAAAAGAGUGGACUCAAAAAGAUAAAGAAAAAGCUCUCAAAUUACUAGAAAAAUACACAGAAAAUAACAAAACAAGACAUUAG